AUGCCAAUGAUGAUGAGAACGGCAACAGUUGUCCGGAAGAACAGACGAAGAUCUGCAGCAGCUUCAUCACGCCAAGCUCAGAAAACAACAACAUCUUUUAACAGACGAGCUUCAGCUCCAUCAAUGUCACCUCAUCACCAUCAUCCAGUCUUUUCGCCUAGACCCAUAAGUCGUAGUGCUGAGACUGUAGCAAGAACUGUAACUCCAUAUGCAUCUCCUAGCAAAAGUGUUACAUUUCAUACGGAAACGGAGGAAAUAUGUAUCAACUCUCGUCCGGACACAUUAGCCAUUAGAGGGAAAUACAUCGAUUAUUUCCCUUUGAUGGAACUCUCUAAUUGA